AGCAAACUGUGACCGGCAGAAGGAAGUGACACAUCUGUAUUCCAUCCACUCUCUCCCUCUUUGCCCAUCCUUACCCUGUUCUCACAUGCUCAUAGGCACUUAGGCAGAAGUCAUCUCCGUGACUCUGCCAAAGACCACCCUGUUGGUUUUGUAGGAGAGGAAAAAAGAAAAAAAGAACCUGCAGGCAAAGUUACAGCCUUGAAGUUGUCAUCUUGGAAAAGUGAAGGCGGAAAGGGUGGACACAAUGAAUGGACCUGUGGAUGGCCUGUGUGACCAUUCUCUAAGUGAAGAAGGAGCCUUCAUGUUUACAUCAGAAUCUGUAGGAGAGGGGCAUCCAGAUAAGAUCUGUGACCAGAUCAGUGACGCGGUGCUGGACGCUCAUCUCAAGCAAGACCCCAAUGCCAAGGUGGCCUGUGAGACAGUAUGCAAGACAGGUAUGGUGCUGCUGUGUGGGGAGAUCACCUCAGUGGCCAUGGUUGACUACCAGCGGGUGGUGAGAGACACUAUCAAGUACAUUGGCUAUGACGACUCUGCCAAGGGCUUUGACUUCAAGACCUGCAAUGUACUAGUAGCUCUGGAGCAGCAGUCCCCAGAUAUUGCCCAAUGUGUCCAUCUAGAUAGAAAUGAAGAGGAUGUUGGUGCAGGAGAUCAGGGUCUAAUGUUCGGCUAUGCCACAGAUGAGACAGAAGAAUGCAUGCCCCUCACCAUUAUUCUUGCUCACAAACUCAACACCCGGAUGGCAGAUCUAAGGCGCUCUGGUGUCCUGCCCUGGCUGAGACCUGAUUCUAAAACUCAGGUGACAGUUCAGUACACGCAGGAUAAUGGUGCGGUCAUCCCUGUGCGCAUCCACACCAUCGUCAUUUCUGUGCAACACAAUGAAGACAUAACCCUGGAGGCCAUGCGAGAGGCCCUGAAGGAGCAAGUGAUCAAAGCUGUGGUGCCAGCCAAGUACCUGGAUGAAAACACCAUCUACCACCUGCAGCCAAGUGGACGGUUUGUCAUUGGAGGUCCCCAGGGGGACGCAGGUGUCACAGGCCGCAAGAUUAUAGUGGACACAUAUGGAGGCUGGGGUGCUCAUGGUGGUGGUGCCUUCUCAGGAAAGGACUACACCAAGGUGGACCGCUCAGCAGCUUAUGCUGCCCGCUGGGUGGCCAAGUCCCUGGUAAAGGCUGGGCUCUGCCGGAGAGUACUUGUUCAGGUGUCCUAUGCCAUUGGUGUGGCAGAACCACUGUCCAUUUCCAUCUUCACCUACGGGACCUCCAAGAAGACCGAGCGGGAACUGCUAGAGGUGGUGAACAGGAACUUCGACCUCCGGCCCGGUGUCAUUGUUAGGGACUUGGACCUGAAAAAGCCUAUCUACCAGAAGACUGCAUGCUACGGCCAUUUUGGGAGAAGCGAGUUUCCCUGGGAGGUCCCCAAGAAGCUUGUGUUUUAGAGCUGAUGGGAGAUUUGGCUUUGUUCCAUACUCCCCUCUCCUCUGGGAUCUGGACUCCCAGAUCUCCUAGCCUCUCCCCGAGUGCCCUCCCUGCUCCUACUCUCAGGGUAAAGCCAGCUUCUUAUAAUUUCUCCCUAUCCAGCACCUGCAAACAUCUCAUGAAUGACAUGGCAAGUGACUUUAUGGUGUGAGGUUAUCAGGUCUCCUUGCAAGGAUAGUCAGUGUUCCCUGUCUGUCCCUCAGAUAACAGCAAUAUUGAUUUUGUGAAAAAGUCACUCUGUCAGGUAUGAAUGUGCUCCCUCACCUCCUGCCAUAGUCUGAACCUGACUAGGCCAUCUCUUCCUCCCUCCUGGGUGGGCAUCUGCCCAGAUGAAUGUAUUGCAUAUACCUCCGGCUUCCCCUUCACAUUUACAGCCAGAGCUCCUGAUCUAGGGCUUUCUCAAGGCUCCUCUGAGACUGGGCAUCUGCCA